AUGGCCACCAACAAUGUAGCUCUCAGAGUUAGAGAUCGAGGAAGACAUUACCGGCCAUUCUGUCGACGUCAAGACACCGCAGUCAUUCAACGCGAGUUGGAGAAUCUCGAGCGUUUCCGCUCCACUCCUUGUAUUGCCCAGCUCUCAGCUGUUGCGGCGUCACCCGAUCCGUACCAGACAAUCCCCUCCACAGACGGUCGACCUGUGAUGAGAGGUAUUCUCGUGUCAUAUUAUCCCGGAGGGACUCUUGAAGAAUGGCUGAAAAAGAACAGAGUCGCCAAUCUGCACUGGCAGCGUUGGCCCCUUCAAAUCUGCCAGGCUCUGCAAAGUUUGCAUUCAAGAAGUAUUGCCCACACGGAUCUCAAGCCCGGCAACAUCGUGGUUGAUGACUGCAGGAGCGCAGUCCUCAUUGAUAUAAGCGGCAUUGACGGAGUCACGUACGGAUGGCGUGCACCGGAGAUCCGUUUCAAAGCAUUGCAGGCUUCGCUCAAAGCUGAGAAGCUGAGCGACAUCUGGGCGUAUGGUAAAACGAUGUUGACGAUUGCGGAGAGAUACCCAGGGUCACAAUGGCUGCGAGAGAUUGCAGCAACCACCCAUGUGUGA